GCGGCGGGGGCAGUGCCUCGAGCCCGCCUUCUCCUCCCUGGACUCCUGAAGUUUGCAAUGGGACCGACUCCCGCCCCGGCAGCCCCCUGCCGCCCAGCUCAGAGAGAGGACGUACGGGGCCGGCAGCCGCCCAGGCGAGCGGGAAUCUCCUGUGCGGCGCCGCGAGCUCCGCGGUCCCUCACCCUCGGGUCGGCGGGGCCCGGGGGCGUCGGACCAAACCUUGUCCUGGGGCUCCCCAAGGGCCCCCGUUCAAGCGCCCCGCGCCGGCCCUGAGGCCCCAGAAGGGGGCUCGCUCCCCGACGACCUUUCACCCUCAGCAAGGAGCACAAACUCCUGGGGCUGCUGCUCGGGGCCACCGUCUGCAGUCCACGGCUGGACCCGCCCAGGCAGGGUCGCCCCCUCCCCUCCGCGGGCACCGGCUGGCCCCACCCCCUCCGAGACCAAGUCCGGCAACUUUGGCCAAGAAGCCCUGGAGUCUUCCAUGGCGAGACCCGGCCCGGCCGCUCCGCAUGGGCUCCGUGGGCUCCGCGUCCGGCAGCGCGGGGCCGGCAAGGGGGCCUUGCUGAGGGCCGCUGGCCACAGGGUUGAGGCCAAGACGGGCAGACCCUGGGCUCAGGGAUUUGGUGUGGAGGCUCGGGGUGCGGAGUGCGUCACCAGGGAGCAGGCACCUCGGCUGGCCGGCAGACUGUGGGCUUGUUGAGGGCAGCUCUCCGUGGACGUCGUGCAGGUGGAUGAGUGUCUCCUCGGGACCACCAGGCCCCACGUGUGGCCCUUCAUUUCUGACUUGAGUCUAACAGCACCCCUGGCACGGAAGCCGACCAGGCAGAGUCACCGGGCAGCUUGGAGACUUGGCUACCUGGUCCCUGCAGUGACCGCUAGAGCCCAGCCUCACAUCCGCCACCAUUCCGUGCUGCAGGGACACGAUGGCAUCAGAAGAGGACGCUGGAGGGGAGGCCUUAGGGGGCAGUUUCUGGGAGGCUGGCAACUACAGGCGCACGGUGCAGCGGGUGGAGGACGGGCACCGGCUGUGCGGGGACCUGGUCAGCUGCUUCCAGGAACGCGCCCGCAUCGAGAAGGCCUACGCCCAGCAGCUGGCUGACUGGGCCCGCAAGUGGAGGGGCGCUGUGGAAAAGGGCCCCCAGUACGGCACCCUGGAGAAGGCCUGGCACGCCUUCUUCACGGCGGCUGAGCGGCUGAGCGCGCUGCACCUGGAGGUGCGGGAGAAGUUGCAGGGCCAGGACAGCGAGCGGGUGCGCUCCUGGCAGCGGGGCGCCUUCCACCGGCCCGUGCUGGGCGGCUUCCGUGAGAGCCGGGCUGCCGAGGACGGCUUCCGCAAGGCCCAGAAGCCCUGGCUGAAGAGGCUCAAGGAGGUUGAGGCUUCGAAGAAGAACUACCACGCGGCCCGGAAGGAUGAGAAGACGGCCCAGACUCGCGAGAGCCACGCCAAGGCGGACAGCGCCGUCUCUCAGGAGCAGCUGCGCAAGCUGCAGGAGCGGGUGGAGCGCUGUACCAAGGAGGCCGAGAAGAUGAAAACGCAGUACGAGCAGACGCUGGCAGAGCUGAAUCGCUAUACCCCGCGCUACAUGGAGGACAUGGAGCAAGCCUUCGAGAGCUGCCAGGCCGCCGAGCGCCAGCGGCUCCUCUUCUUCAAGGAUACGCUGCUCACCUUGCACCAGCACCUCGACCUCUCCAGCAGUGAGAAGUUCCAUGAACUCCACCGCGACCUGCACCAGGGCAUCGAGGCUGCCAGUGAUGAGGAGGAUCUGCGCUGGUGGCGCAGCACCCAUGGGCCGGGCAUGGCCAUGAACUGGCCACAGUUUGAGGAGUGGUCAUUGGACACACAGAGGGCGAUCAGCCGGAAGGAGAAGGGUGGUCGCAGCCCUGACGAGGUUACCCUGACCAGCAUCGUGCCCACAAGAGACGGCACCGCACCCCCACCCCAGUCCCUGGGGUCUCCGGGCAGUGGGCAGGAUGAGGAGUGGUCAGACGAGGACAGUCCCCGGAAAGCUGCCACCGGCGUGCGGGUGCGGGCGUUGUAUGACUACGCUGGCCAGGAAGCAGACGAGCUGAGCUUCCGAGCAGGGGAGGAGCUGCUGAAGAUGAGUGAGGAGGAUGAGCAGGGCUGGUGCCAGGGCCAGCUGCAGAGCGGCCGCAUUGGCCUGUAUCCCGCCAAUUACGUGGAGUGCGUGGGCGCCUGAGUGCCCUGACAGCCCUUCUGAGACGUCUCUCCAACCCUGGGUCGGAGCCCAGCUGCUCCCUGGACAGCUAGACCUGGGGCCCUGAACCAUUGUGCCCUGCGGAGCCCCGUCCCCUGAGGAGAGAGGAAGUCCCAGGACCCAGGAAGGGGCGGGCCCUGUGGGGAAAGGCCAGCUGAGUCCAGCCUGAGGCUAAGAAGGGAGAUCAUAGGCCAUGGAAGGGUUUCUGGGUGCCUAGGCCUCCCUAGGAGCUGGGGACCCAGUUCUUGGCCUCGGUUUUGGAAUCCUUGGGAGAGCUUGGGCUGAGUGUAGUUCUGGGCCUAGCAGCAUCCUCUUAUGUGGCUUGUUCUAGUGUGUAUUACAUUUGACAAAAAAAAACAAAAAACAAAAAACAAAACCAAAAACCAAAAAAUUGACAA